CGGAUUAUCAGCAGAAUUGCAGUGAUGGAGGGGCGUAGGAAAGCUUUAUACAGUUAUUCAUGGCAACAAUCACCGAUAAACAAGCAUCGACGAGUAAAUCCACCCGAAGAAGAGAAGAAGAUUUUCGACGAUUGGUUUGAAGAAAAGGCUGACGAAUACUUCCCGUGGAUCAGAGAUCAAGGUUUUGAUGAUGAAACUAUUCGUGCUAAUGCAUCUUGCACAUUAUCUUCACCACCGUGCAAUCCAGAAAUGUGCAGAGCUCCUGUACCUGUUUCUUCGAGGAUCCUGGAACAAUUGCAAAGGCCGAAACAGCACCAAAAGAUACUAAAAGAAGAAACGUGUCAGGACACGGGACGUUUAGCAAACAUAAUUCGUUACGAAAGAUCUCUGAAAGAAACUAGAAAAGCAAUCGACAAGAUCAAAAAAGAAAAGCAAAGAAAACUAUUGUUUCCCCAAACACAGAAACAAAGGCUUUCUUGUUCUGUACUACUUCCAGAACAUUCAGUCUUGAGUGAACUUUCAUCAUUUCAGAAAAAGCUUUACAAAGAAAAGGUGAUUACAAGGAUGGAGAGUAGGGUAUCUGGUAGCAGACAGCUGGAAGACAAGUUGAAAUCUGGUUCGAUCUUAUUGAGGAGGAGAAUAAGCUGCAGUUGUAUUGAAGAAGAUGCAGAACAAACUACAUCAUCAAAGUCAAAACAACAAACAUCAGGAAAUCACAACAAUGAUGAUAGCGACAAUGAGCUCCUUAGAUUGGCACUGGAAAGUAGCCCGAUCCAGAAGUCGGAUUCAGCGCUUAGGGCUGCUUCAAGCGAGAAUGAAUUAAGUGAUGAAGCUCUGCUUGCAAUGAUGAUAUCAUCGCCUGUGCCAAGUCGGAAUCUCAAAAACAUGUAAUUAACUGAUUCAUGUCAGAUGUUGGAUCGAUUUAAAGGAGAGGGCCCGCUGUUCACAACUAUGAAGUGCUUACAAGGGUGAUUUUUCCAACUAUAUUUCUUUU